AUUAAAGCCUUGAAGUCAGGUUAGCAAAUUGAUAUCUAAUGGAGUGUGGGUCAACACAACAUCUUCUAAAAUAAGGAAGAUUCCCAAGUCAGAGCAAAAAAAAAAUCUAUAAAAUACAUAAAAUGCACUUUAAAUGAACGUCAAUAAAAUAUGACUUAGGGCUGUGCUAUUGGGUUGUUGUUUUUUUUCCUUUCUUAUUUUCUUUCCCCUUUUUUCUCUCCCCUUUCUGUGAACAGUGUUAUUUACCGUGAGAAAACAGAGUGCAAGCAACAUGUGUGAGUGGGCUGGUCUGAUUUACUAACCGAAGACCUUAACAGUAAUAGUUUGACAGUUACAAUGAAAUCUCGGCUCUGUGGGUGUGUGAAUGCGCGCCCCCCCCUCCAACUCCUCAGUCCCCCCUCCUUAAAGAACUAUCCAGCAUCUGGGAGAAGUUUCAGGAUUCUCUUUGCCCGCGCCGAGCAGAGAGAGGCUGAGCUGCGAGUUUGCUGGGCUGGGCUGGGCUGUGUGGGCCGGAGCUGGGAAAAGGGCUGGAUAGGACUCUUCCUACUGCUCAUAAAUCAAACUCUUUCUAUGAAUGAGAAUGUCAUCAAAGAGAUCAAUUGUAGGAACACAUGCACAAAUACAAGUCCUCUUACGUAUUUGCCCUAGCUGGGGAUCCCCGUCUGAAAGCAUUAAGUUAGGAGGCGUUUAAGCUAUAAGUCAUUUUUAUUGCUCUUUUAAAACAACAGCUUGGCUAAGCUGCCGAUGCCACGAAAAGCUCAGAGCUGGGCUUUCCGCCCCCCCCCCCCUUUUCUUUCUAGGAGAAGGGCUUUGGGCGGAGGGAAGAAGUGCUUUAAACCUAGCCAUCCUUUUUAUUUUAAUGACGGUCUCUCUACCCUUCCCCUGACUGCCCCUAAGCUUUCCAUUUUUAAAAAGCAUGAGGUUCUUUGAUCGCUGGGUGCUCUCACUCCCAACUCCCCAGGGCCCAAAGAGGGCUCUAAAACUGGUUCGUCAAUUUCGAGAUCAAUUUCCUCCUGGGUGGGGGAAGGUUUUGCCUCUUGAUCGCCUUGUGUUUCUGGGGCCAGUCUUUUGUGAGAUGGCCGGAGGGAAGAAAGCUCAAGAAAGGCGAAAUAACGCUGAAGGAAGUGGGGGCGAUGGUCUGGAUUACGCCGAGCCUGUGGGAGCCGGGUCCAGCCAGCCGAGAGACUGAGCCGAUGGAGAAACACCAGCGGGAAGUGAGAAAGUUGGCACGGUCACCCAGGGCUCUGAAGGACCCGGUCACUGCGUAUCAGGCAGAUGGACAAUGCGAGAAUGAGCGCCUCCUUCCUGGAGCACCCCAUCCUUAACGCAGGAGACUCGGGGACCUGCUCCGCCCGAGCCUACCACUCUGAUCAUGGGAUUACAACUUUUCAGUCGUGCGCGGUCAGUGCCAACAGCUGCGGGGGCGACGAGCGCUUCCUGGUGGGCAGAGGGGUCCAGAUGAGUCCCUCCCACCACCCUCACGCCCAUCACCACUACCCCCAGCCGGCCGCCUACCAGCACCUCAACAACCUGGGUAUGUCUUAUUCCCACUCCAGCUGUGGCCCGGGGUUCGCAUCGCAGAGCUUCAGCGCAGGUUACAGCCCCUACUCAUUAAAUCAGGAAGCAGACGUAAGCGGCGGGUACCCCUCGUGCGCUCCCGCUGUUUACUCUGGAACUCUCUCAUCUUCCAUGGUCCAGCAUCAUCACCACCACCACCAGGGUUAUGCCGGGGGCACGGUGGGCUCGCCUCAGUACAUUCACCACUCAUAUGGACAAGAAGCGCAGAAUCUGACCCUGGCAAAUUAUAAUAACCCCUUGUCCCCUCUCCAUGCCAGCCACCAAGAAACCUGUCGCUCUCCUACAGCAGAGACAUCACCUCCAGCACAGACCUUUGACUGGAUGAAAGUCAAAAGGAAUCCCCCCAAAACAGGGAAAGUUGGUGAAUACGGGUAUAUUGGCCAACCCAACACGGUGCGCACCAAUUUUACCACCAAGCAGCUGACUGAGCUGGAAAAGGAAUUUCACUUCAACAAGUACCUGACGAGGGCCAGGAGGGUGGAGAUCGCAGCCUCACUGCAACUCAACGAGACCCAGGUCAAGAUCUGGUUUCAGAACCGCCGCAUGAAGCAAAAGAAGAGAGAGAAGGAGGGCCUGCUGCCCAUCUCGCCCACCACUCCAUCGCGGAGAGAGGACAAGGCCGAGGAAUCCUCAGACAAAUCUACCUCCUCACCCUGCAUCCCCUCUUCCCCAGCCUCCUCUACCUCAGACACUCUGACUACCUCCAACUGAGUUUGCCCCCGGCCCCUUUCUUCCUCCCCCCCCACUCCCCACCCCACUAUACUUUAGUGCAGAACAACUAACCCGAAGCACAUUCUUAGCUUAUCUUUCCCUUCGUUUACAAUGUCUCUCUUUCUGCUUGAUGUUAUCUUCAGGUCUUCUCCAGGCUAGGUCACUGUGUUUCAAGAGAAUUCUGGCCUAGAGACCUAGAGGCUGGGUGGGAGUAACUUCACUAAUGGUGGGGUGCCACCAUCUGGUUUUUUGAUGACCUCUGAGGGCCCCUUAUCCAUGAUUGAUUCAGAUACCCUUUGGAAAAGCUCCAUCAUUCCCCCUCCCCCUGCUUGCAGAGCAGACAUAUCUGUCAUCUAACUUCAAAUUAUUUUUCUUCCCCUCUUCCUCCUUUUCCUCAUCUCCUGGACACUAAAGGCAGAGUCUAAAGGCCUCAAGAAGAGGAUGCACUAUGAAAGUGUUUACACAAUUCAGCUUUUUAAUUUAAUGCAUUCAGUUUCUUGUGUGAGUUUGCUGGUUGUAAAUACUUUAAGAGAUUUAUCUUUAUACAGAUUUUCUAGAAAUAAUGUUUAGCUUAGGAGAUUAAAACAGGGUGGAUACACUCCCAAAGCUGGGUGUAAUUUUAUACAGGACUAAAAGUGACAAAAUAAAGACAUCAGACUGGACUGGUGAAGCCCGAUCAGAUACUCCACAGGGAAGUAGCCCUGUGUCUUUAGAGGAGAUAAGUAGGCCUGGGCUGCACUGGGUUGUGGUUGUUGUUGGGUUUUUUUUUCUUUGUUUUGUUUUGUUUUUGUUUUUUGUCUUUUUCAUUUUUUUGCAACCCUCCCUAGGUGUGCAGAGUCUCUCUUCCCCAGCCCUGCCACCUCUUCUGGCCUCCUCCUGCCCCAAUCAAAAAUUGUGCUGGAUUGUCCUUGAACCUUAGGGCAUAUUAUCCCCAAACAUCUUAUUUCCACAGUAAUCUUUCCCUCGAUUUGAUGUACCUCCAACUCAAUCGUAAAUGUGAUAAAUGGCAAAAUGAAUGUAUAUUUCAUGUGAUUUGUGAAUAGGCUUUCUGCAUGGUGCACAAUGGUUUGAGCCCCCAAAGAUACUAUACUGAGUUCUAUCAGUUGUCCUUUGUGGUCCCAUAAUAUUUCUGAGUUUCUGUACAAUCAUGAAAAGUUCUGAGAUCCCAAGAGUGAUGGAAUCCAGAGCAGAAU